AAAAAAAAUUCCACAUUAAAUGAAAAAUAUUCCGGAUAUAUUACUGAAAAAGCAUGCCAGGAAGGGGUAAUUCAAUUUUUUAAAUUAUUUUAAAGCACAUAAAUGAAAACAUCUGUUUGGUAUAACAAAUAGAUUUAUAUUAUUUAAUCAAAUCAGAAAACAUGUGAUUAAUUUCAUGAUUUGAACACGCGUCACAUCUACAUGUAUCCUUCAAGCCACGAACACUAAUCUACUCCUUCAUGGACUCAGAUCACUAUUCACACUAGUGUGCUCACCAGCAAAUGAUUGAGGCCACAAGGCUACCAGAGGAUUCCACAGAUGCAUUUUGUCUAACCACUAACUUUCCACUAUGCGUAGAAACAGUGGAAUCGACCACUAACUACCAUAUCAAUAAAGUAUCUCAAACUUCAGCAGGCACAAAUGGAUAUGUUGUUAUGAGAACAAAUAUUGAUUAUUAUUUUAAUUUAAACGAAAAGCAAGAAAAUGUUGGGACUCCUUUUAUGAAUGAUUCCAUGACUUUUUCAAAGGAUUUCGUUGAAGUAUUGUUGACUAAACAGUUUGAAGAAAACCAAAUGACUGAAGAAAAUGGUUUAAAACAAGAUAAAGCUAUACAAACAAUUUUUAACAAGGCAAAUUCGAGAAGUAGAAAAAAAUGUAAGAGUGUCUGUAUAAAUAAGAAAAGGCACAGGAAAAAGGACAAAGAUUUUCGGCCUGAUGGGAAAAACUCCGAUGAACAAACUUCAUCGUCUGAUGCAAAAAGUGAAAGUGACCAAACAAGCUCUGAUUCAUCUUGUGAACAAUUUUUUAUAAAGGAAUGUACGUGUGAAUAGUGUUGUCCGUCCCAGUGUUUUGAGUGUGAGAGUAAACAAAGCACAAAUACACAAAAAUAU